AGAUCUCGUUUACGUCAAACGCAACAUUACUCAGUACAUUGGAGACAUCACAUGGAAAUAUUGGACGGAUGAGACGAUAGUCAUUUAUCUACAAGAAGACGUAAAAGACAAACGCGGUGCUAAAAAAAACGUAAACUAAGUUAAAACCGAGUGUUUUGAAAGUGAUCACGAGGCACCGAGUUUUCCGACAUGGCAACUUGCCUGUUGUUACAUGACAUUGUUAAGCGGGAAAUGAAAGUGCUGUUAAAACGCAGACGUGAAAAUUUCCUUAACUUAAAUUAACCAGACAAUUACUUAUGCCAAUGGUAGGUGUCACGCUACGUAAAUGUCGAAACACCGCAGCUAAGCGACUUAAUUUCCGCCAAAUUUUGGUCACGCAGAAUCAACUCGGCACGAAGUAGACUGUCGUAACGGCGAAUUCGUUAUCACGCGUACGCGUUCUCCCUCCAGUCACAUGGAUUCAGUUACGGCUCGUAAUGUAGUUUGACGUCUGCUAUGAGUGUUUACACUCCCAGUUGUAAACUUCCCCAUUUUGUGUACAAACGCCGUCAGCUGUCAAAUUAAGACGGUGGCUCCGGUAUGUGGACGUACAGAGUGCGAACAUGUGCACCUUGGCAAGCGAAAGAGAAUAAAAUGAAGGCGCAGGACACCCACAGACAAACUGGAGCUGUUUGGAAAGGAAAAGCUGGAAAAAGUGGUGAGAAGAAAUCGCCAGUGAAAUCCCGUCUGGCACAGUUCAAGCCUUUAUCUGGGAAAGUCUUCUAUCUUGACCUGCCGUCCAACAAAACAGCAGAGUCGUUGGAGAGAGAUAUAAAAAACCUCGGAGGGAGUGUUGACAAGUUCUUCAGCAAAGACAUCAAGUAUCUUGUAUCCAACAAAAGGGAAAUUAAAUACAUGCAAUCCCCGAGACAAGACUCUCGACUCCCUGGCCUGCAAUCCGGACAGUUUUCACUUUGCCCCGACUCAAAUCCACCCAAAACGGGCUGCGGUAGCGACGACACCAAGAAAAGGUCUCAGGGUCAAGCAGAAACGUUUGGCAUAAGGCAUCGAAGGUCUUUCGUAGAAAAAGCUGCGAAAGAAAAGGACAUUUUGCAGACCAACAAAAUUCUGUCAAAGGCUCUGGAGUGGGGUGUAAAAAUCUUCUACAUUGACGAUGUGUUAGUGUAUAUUGAGAUGAAAAAAAAGACCGUUGCAAGCCAGUGUCCGAACCUGACAGCAGCCAAACCAGCUGCCAAAGACGCAUCAAUCGCAGAAUUCCCUUGUCAGAAAUCCAAAGGGCGGAUCCGUAAACCUUUCAUCAAGGUUGAAGAUUCAAGCAGACAUUAUUGUCCAAUCUACGCCACUAUGACAAGCAUGCCCGAGUUGAACCUGAAGACGCUCGCUCCUCAUUGUCCCUUCUUGGUUGAUGCUAAAAAGCCUGCAGGGGCUAAACAGCGGGAGAACAGUGCUAAGGUAUUGGCGUGUGAAGGACAAGCUGCAGGUCGAAAGAACAAUGACAAGAACAGAGGCGGCUUCUGCGAGUGCUGCAUGGCCAAAUAUGGAAACUUGAUGACACACCUGCGAAGUGAACGUCACCGGGCUUUCUCCAAAAGCGACGCUUACAAAGUGUUGAACCAAGUGGUAUCUCCCCUCGACUGCACCCGUUUCAACACAUUGAUGAAAAGUCCUUCUUCUGUUGAACUUGACACUGGACCAUUUGGAGGACUCAAUGUCAGAGCCACCGAGAAUAUUGAGGAGAAACACCAGCCUCAUGACUGCCCCAAGGAACCUUUUACUUUUCGAGUCAGUUCGAGCCCUCAGUCUGCUCCUCUGCUUCACAAAAAAGACAAGACUUGUUUGAGGGACUCCCACAGGUCAAAGAAAAGAUCUAUCUUACGUAAACGGCCAUGCAGACUCAAUUUGUUCACUUCCUCCCCUCAAAAAGCCGCAGAGGAAACUGCGCCUUCUUGCGGUGAAAGCAUGGCCCCCGGACCCCUAUUAUUACCUCACGUCACCUUUGAUGUGCAAGUACCUUAUGCAGGCACACAUCAGGAGCCGAGAUGCGAUUCAUAUUUGGGAAGCCCCAGUGUUGUCGCAAAUCAACAAGAGGAGACUGACAGGAGCAAGAAACCACCUGGGAAAGUCGGUGGAAACAUCUCAGAGCGAGAUGGAGACCAUCUUUUUUCACAGAGUUGCUUUCCACAAGGGACGGUUCAGAGGAAAGUCAGAGUUUAUGAACGUCAACGAUGGAAAAUGGAUGCUACGCGUCAAGAGCAUGUCACACAGAAUGGCACUCGUGACAAAUCUCCAAACGCUCUGGCAUAUUUUUAGAUGCAUUGAUAAAAUGGGAUGUGGAA